CAGGAGGAGAGAGAGAGAGAGAGAGAACAGGGGGGUGGGGGGGACACCGGGGCCGCUCUACGGUAACGGAACCAGCAGCAGUAACGAUAACGGAGGAGGGAGGUGAAGCGAUGCCGUGAGGGAUCACGGUAACGUAAGAACAGCAGCAGCAUCAGAGGAGGAGGAGGAGAAGGAGGAGGAAGAGGAGGAGGAGGAGGAGGAGGAUGCAGCACUGACCGACUGAUCGGUACCGGGAGGAGGGGGGAACACAUCCUACGGUGCACCGGAGAUGGAGGGGUAGAGGCAAGGGAGGAGGAGGCGAGAGGAGCGGAGCAACCGACGGUACAUAACGGAGCAGGAGGAGGAGGAGCAGGAGGGAGGCGGAGGAGCAGCAGCGCGAGGAGGAGGAGGAGGAGGAGGCGGGAGGAUGAAUCCGGUGGAUGGAGGAGGAGAAGCGGGCCCGGACGGCCUGGCGACGACAGGUCCCGGUAAGGCCGAGUGUGUCCGGGCCGUCGACGUCCUGACGGUGCUGAGGGAGAAAGUGGCCUUUGUUUCGGGUGGACGGGACAAACGAGGCGGGCCCAUCCUGACCUUCCCGGCCAGGACCAAUCAUGAUCGAAUAAAACAGGAGGACCUCAGCCGACUGGUCACUUACCUGUCGACGAUACCCAGCGAGGACGUCCGAGCUCGUGGCUUCACCGUGGUGGUGGACAUGCGCGGCAGCAAGUGGGACAACGUGAAGCCGGUGCUGAGAACGCUGCAGGAGUCGUUUUCCUCCAACAUCCACAUGGCACUGCUCAUAAAGCCCGACACGUUCUGGCAGAAACACAAGACCAACCUGGGCAGCGCCAAGCUUAGCUUCGAGACCAGCCUGGUGUCUGUGGACGGUCUGUCCCGGCUUGUGGACCCCUCCCAGCUGACCUCUGACCUCGGUGGCUCGUUGGAGUACGACCACGUGGAGUGGACCGAGCUGCGUCUGGGCCUGGAGGAGUUCUCAGGGGCCGCCACGCAGCUGCUAGCCCAGCUGGAGCAGCUGGAGGCGGGGCUGAGCCGCAUACCUGAGCCCCAGGAUGUGGACGAGGCCCGCAAACUUCUUGACGAACACGGUCGUCUCCGUAACACCAUCGCCACGGCGCCCGUCGAUGCCCUCGACCGAGAGGGGCGGAGCUUGCUGCAGCGCAUGCGCCUGGGCCCCUCCCACGGCGAUUCCUCCAACGACAGUGGUGGUUGCCAUGGCAGCUGGCUGUCGGGAGGGGCGGACUUCCAGAGCGUGGCGCCGAAGGUGGCGUCUCUGCUGGACCGGCUGCAGGCGGGACGCAGCCACCUGCUGCAGAGCUGGAGCGACAAGAAGCUGCACCUGGACCAGGCGCUGCAGCUGCACCUGUUUGAGCAGGACGCCGCUAAGAUGUCGGAGUGGAUCUCUCACAGUAAGGAGCUGUUCCUCCAGAGUCUGGCUGAGGUCGGUCUGAACCACCAACACUCAGUGGAGCUGCAGAACCAGAACCAGCACUUCACCAAGAACUGCAUGAACGGCAGUGUGAACGUGGACAGCGUGGUUACCGUGGCAGCGAGGCUGGCUGAGGCCGGUCACUACGGGGCGGAGCGUAUCGCCAUGGUGUCGUCACGGCUACAGGACGACUGGAAGUCCCUGACGACGGCUCUGGAGGAGCGUAGCAAUACCCUCGCCAUGGCAACCAGCUUCCACCAGGGGGCGGAGCAGUUCCUGGUCCGGGUCGAGGGCUGGGUCCAGGCGUCCUCUGAAGACUCGUUGCCAUCGGCAACAGCAGAGCUGGAGGCUGCGAUCAAAAAACACCAAGAGCUGAAUGAGGAGAUCUCUGCUAGCUACACACAGGUACCUGUCCACAUGUCCACAUGUCCACAUGUCCACUGUCUCUGUCUCUCUGUCACUUCUCUGUAUCUAUCCAUUUGUCCUCCUGUCCGUCCACAGGUCAGUGAGAGCGGUAAAGCUUUACUGGACGUCCUCCAGCGUUGCCCGGCAACCGAGUCUGAAGACACAGCGACCAAACCAGACUUCACCACCGCCACGCACGGCAUCAUGGGAGUUCUACACCAGGUGAUGCAGGGUCACCAUGAAGUGGAGGGGGCGUGGCAGCACCGUAAGCUCCGCCUCCACCAGCGCCUGCAGCUCUGUGUCUUUCAACAGGACGUGAGACAGGUUCUGGACUGGGUGGAGCAGCAUGGUGAGGUCUUCCUGAACAAACACAGCGGAGUGGGGAAGUCUCUGCAUCGAGCUCGAGCUCUGCAGAAACGCCACGAUGACUUCCAGCAGGUGGCCCAGAACACCUACACCAACGCUGAGAAGCUCCUGGAGGCGGCCGACCAGCUGGCUCAGUCCGGAGAAUGUGAGGAGGAGGAGAUUUACCAGGCAGCUCGAGACCUGGAGCUCCGCAUGCAGGCCUUCAUCCAGAGGGUGGAGCAGAGGAAGCUGUUGCUGGAUCUGGCCGUUUCCUUCUACACACACACUAAGGAGCUGGCCGUGUGGAUGGAGGGCCUCCAGAAGCAGCUCUCCUCCGACGUCCUGUCCUGUCCAGACACUGUGGAGGCUCUGCAGGCUCUGAUCAGCCAGCAGCAGCAGCAACAGGCCAACACUCAGGAAGCUGCCAUGAGUGUGAUCCGGGAAGGAGAAGACCUCAUCCUGCAACUCAGGCCUCAGGGCAGCUCCGUGGCCCACGUGGAGGCGGUGCUGCAGCAGCUGGAGGAGUCUCACGUUCAGCUGGAGGAGCUGUUCCACCAGAGGAAGAUCCGUCUGGACGUCUACCUGCAGCUCCGGAUUCUGCAGCAGUGCACGCUGGAGGUAACCGGGGAAAUGGACGCUUGGAGACAGGACCUCCAGAAACAGUCCCAGGACUUCUCCUCCGAGAAGCUAGCGUCGCCGCGGCUAGCCGACGCCAGCCAGGACAAGCUAGCGCUGGGCCAGUCGCGCCUGGUGGAGGCUAGCCCCGAGGCGCUAACGCUAGCGCAGCAGCGCAUCCACAGGCACAUGGAGCGGAGGCUCGCCAUGAACAACAUGAUCUACGAGGUCAUCCAGCAGAGCCACGACCUCCAGCAGUACAUCAGCGAGGUCCAGGCCUCAGGUAUGGAGCUGUCGGAGGCCGAGGGAGGACUCCCCCCUCAGGUGGAGGAGCUGCAGCGCCUCCUUCAGGACAAACAGAAGGAGCUGCAGCAGAUUGCAGAUCACACUCAUACUCACCUGGAGCAGAACCUGCAGCUGCGACACCUGCAGAGCCAAGUCAAACAGGUGCUGGGCUGGAUCUCAGAAGGUGAUGUCAUGCUGGCUUCCUGCAUGUUGAAUUCCAGCUGUUUGUCUGAGGCUGAGCAGCUGCAGAGGGAGCAUGAGCGCCUCCAGCAGGCCAUAGAGGCGCUGCUUCAUGCCGACUCCCUGCAGAGAACCCACCAGGUGGCGCUGGCUCUGCAGCAGAGAGCAGAGCUGCUGGUCCGGUCAGGUCACUACGAUCCGGAUGCAGUGAGGUCUUGUGCCCAGACGGUGGCGCUGCACUGGCAAACUCUGAUGCUGCGGAUUGAAGACAGACUCAAACUGGUCAACGCGUCAGCCGCCUUCUACCGGACGUCGCAGCAGGUGUGUGGUGUCCUGGAGAGUCUGGAGCAGGAGUACCGGCGGGAGGAGGACUGGUGUGGAGGAGGCGAGCGACAACCGGAGCAACUCCUGCCGCUCAUCAACAAACACAUGGAGCAGAAGGAGGCGUUCCUGAAGGCGUGUACUCUGGCCAGACGCAACGCGGAAGUUUUCCUCAAGUACAUUCACCGCAACAGCGUCACCAUGGCGAACAUCUCCGGGCACAGCGUCACCGUCUCCGGGGUAACCGGGGUCACCGAGGUCACCGGGGGGCACUCAAGGGUCCCGGAGCAACAGGUCAAAGGUAUCCUCAGCGAGUUGCUGCAGAGAGAAAACCGAGUUCUUCAUUUCUGGACUCUGAAGAAGCGUCGACUGGAUCAGUGCCAGCAGUACCUGAUGUUCCAGAGCCACGCCCAGCAGGCACUGGAUUGGCUGCAGCAGUCAGGUGACCACUACCUGGCUACGCACACGUCGCCGGGGGCAACAAUGACUGAGACUCAAGAGCUGUUGAACCAACACAGAGAGUUCUGUGUUUCUGCCAAGCACACGCAGGAGAAGGUUCAUCUGCUGAUCCAGCUAGCUGAGAGCAUGCUAGCUAAAGGCCACGCCCACCGCACUGAGCUCCGCCGCUGCGUCGCCGCGGUGGACAAGCGCUACCGCGACUUCACCGUCAGGAUGGGACAGUACCGCCACCUGCUGGAGACGGCGCUGGGAGGCUGCUCGCAGGACAACAAGGACCUGGAGCUGGAGCUGAUCCCCAACAGUCUGUCCGACUCCGACCCCGAGGUCAACCUGUCCGACCCGAGCCACCAGGUCAGCGACGAGAAGAGACGCUCGGCCCGCAAGAAAGAGUACAUCAUGGCUGAGCUCCUCCAGACGGAGAGAGUCUACGUCCGGGAUCUGCAGGAGUGCAUAGAGACGUACCUCUGGGAGAUGACCAGCGGCUCCGAGGACGUUCCUUCGGGCCUCGCCAACAAGGACGACAUCGUGUUUGGGAACAUCCAGGACAUCUACGAGUUCCACAACAGUAUUUUCCUGAAAGAGCUGGAGAACUACGAGCAGCUUCCUGAGGACGUUGGACAUUGCUUCGUUACCUGGGCGGACAAGUUCCACAUGUAUGUGACGUACUGCAGGAACAAACCAGACUCCAGUUUACUGAUCCAGCAGCACGGCGCCGGGUUCUUCGAGGAGGUCCAGAGGAGACACGGUCUGGCCAACUCCAUCUCCUCCGCCCUCAUCAAACCAGUUCAGAGAAUCACCAAAUACCAGCUCCUCCUCAAGGAGCUGCUGGCCUGCUGCGAGGAGGGUAAGGGUGAGAUAAAGGAAGGCCUGGACGUGAUGCUGAGCGUCCCAAAGAGAGCUAACGAUGCUAUGCAUGUUAGCAUGCUGGAAGGUCUGGAGGAGGGCCUGGAGGUGCAGGGGGAACUCCUCCUGCAGGACUCCUUCCUGGUCUGGGAGCCCAAGUCUCUGAUCAGGAAGGGGCGGGACCGACACCUCUUCCUCUUUGAGCUGUCACUCAUCUUCAGCAAGGAGAUCAAAGACUCAUCGGGACGGACGAAAUACCUCUACAAGAGCAGACUGAGGACCUCAGAGCUGGGCGUGACCGAGCACAUCGAGGGGGACGCCUGUAAGUUUGCUCUGUGGGUGGGACGGACGCCGACGUCGGACAAUAAGACGGUGCUGAAGGCGUCUUCCCUGGAGCUGAAGCAGGAGUGGGUUCGCAGCAUCCGACAGGUGAUCCAGGAGAGGCGGGGCCACCUGAGGGGGGCGCUCCGGGAACCCAUCCCCCUCCCCAAGACGCCGAACCCGACGCUGGCCCGGCAGCGCAGCAUCUCCCGCAGGGAGACCAGCGAGGACGCAGACAGUCUGGGGGACGCCAGCAGCCAACCAGACACCGUGUCCAUCGCCUCCAGGACGUCCCAGAACACAGCGGACAGCGACAAGCUGUCCGGCGGCUGCGAGCUAGUGGUCGUGUUGCUGGACGUGGCGGCGGGGGGGCCGGGGGAGCUGAGCGUGCGCUGUGGUCAAACCGUGGAGCUGGUGGAGCGUUCGGCCGAGAGGACGGGCUGGUGCUUAGUGAGGACCACGGACCAGACGCCCCCCCAGGAGGGGCUCCUGCCCAUGAGCGCCCUCUGCCUGUCGCACUCCCACAGUGCAGCCGACAUGGAGGGACUGGCCCCGGCCUCCACCACCUCCUCCAGCACCUCCUCCUCCUCCACCUGCACCACCACCUCCUCCUCCUCCUGCAACUCCUCCUCCACCACCACCACCACCACCUCCUCGUCCUCCUCGUCCUCGUCCUCCUCCACGGUCAGCGGGAGGGACUCGAGUCUCUACUCCUCCGAUGGCUCGUGUCUCCAGAGCGUCUCUCAGGGCGCCGUCUCCCCCGUGGUGUAUGGAGUGGGGGGGCCUCCAGGGGGCGCUGCAGGUUCUCCAGGACCCAAACGAAGCGGCUCUGGGACGGGAAACACCCUGAAGCGCUGGCUGACCAGUCCCGUCCGGAGGCUGAGUCAGGGCAAAGCUGACGGACAGAAGAAACCUCCAAUCAGAACCAGGAGGCGGGACAACAGGUCUGAGCUGGCCACGCCCCUCAGCGGCAACGCCCAGACGAAGGCCAGGAAGGAGGAGGCGGGGCAUAGCGGCGGGGAGGAGGAGCCAGAGGAGGAAAGCCACACCCCUCUCCCGCCCCCCAUGCAGAUCAUCAAAGACCCGAAUAACCCGGAGGCUCUGGAUUCAGACCAAGGAUCCAACGAGUCGGACACGGAGCAGAGGAACAAAGCUCUGAGGGGACGGAUGUUCGUCGUCAACGAGAUGAUUCAGUCUGAGAAAGACUACGUCAAGGACCUGGGAGUCAUAGUAGAGGGCUUCAUGUCCAGGUUGGAGGUGAGAGGAAUCCCAGAGGAGAUGAGAGGAAAAGACAAGAUCGUGUUUGGGAACAUUCAGCAGAUCUACGACUGGCACAGAGACUUCUUCCUGGUGGAGUUGGAGCGCUGCGUUCAGAACCACGACCUCCUGGCCGACCUCUUCAUCAGACACGAGCGGCGGCUGCACAUGUACGUGGUUUACUGUCAGAACAAGCCCAGGUCAGAGUUCAUCGUCAUCGAGUACGAGAGCUUCUUCGAGGAGAUCCAGCAUGAGAUCAGCUGUAGGAUGUCCAUCAGUGACUACCUGAUCAAACCCAUCCAGAGGAUCACCAAGUACCAGCUGCUGCUCAAGGAUUUCCUCAAGUACACGUCCAAAGCAGGACUGGAUACGGAGGAGGUGGAGAAAGCGGUGGAGCUGAUGUCUCUGGUUCCUAAACGCUGUAACGACAUGAUGAACCUGGGGCGUCUGCAGGGAUACGAGGGGAAGCUGACGUCUCAGGGGAAGCUGCUGCAGCAGGAGACGUUCUGUGUCUGGGAGCAGGACGGAGGAGUUUUGUCCCGUAGCAAAGAGCGCAGAGUUUUCCUCUUCGAGCAGAUCAUCAUCUUCAGUGAACUGCUGCGCAAAGGCUCCAGUAACCCAGGCUACCAGUUCAAGAACAGCAUCAAGGUGAGUUACCUGGCCAUGCAGGACAGCGUGGACGGGGACCCCUGUAAGCUGGUGCUUUGGUCUCGCGGCUCCGCCGAGCGCUUCACUCUGCAGGCGUCCUCCGCUAGCAUCAAGAUGACCUGGGUGGACACCAUCGCCGCCCUGCUGGACGCCCAGAACAACUUCCUGUCGGCGCUCCAGUCUCCCAUUGAGUACCAGAGGAAAGAGGGCGGGAUCUCUGUGACCCGCCCUCUGUCGUCAGGCCGACCACCCUCAGUCCCUCCCACUCCCAAUGGCCACGCCCCUCAGGCGCCUGCUGACAGCGAGCAGGACGACCAGGAGCUGGUCCUGGUGCUGCAGGACUUCGUGGCCGUGCGUGAGGACGAGAUCUCCGUGUUCCGGGGGGAGAAGGUCCAGAUCCUGGCGUCCAACCAGCAGGGCCAGAGUCUGGUUUACCGCCCGGCCAACAGCGACUCGCCGGCGGCCGAGGGCUGGGUUCCCCGGAGCGUCCUCAACGUCCACUGACAGGACCUGGUUCACUCCUCCAACAGGGUCACAGGCUCCGCCCACGUCCUCCGGUCACAAGACACCUCCGACCACCGGGUGGAGCGUUCUUCUUCUUCUUCUUCUUCUUCUUCUUUUCUUUGGCCUCGUGGUGCAAAGCUGAGCCGACCCCUCGUCCUCUGAUUGGUCCACCGAGCACCAAUCACAGAGCUCCUCCCCUAAAGGUGGAGUUAGCAUUAAAGCUAACAGCAGACUGUUAACAUAUCAUUUGAAAACUGUCAUUUUUCCUCCCAAUGUUUACAAACAUUAGCAGGGUUGCUAACAUUAGCCGCCCUGGCAUCAUGCUAUGCUAACCUAGCAACAGUAACCAAGGAAGUCAGGGCUUCAGAGAGGACAGGAGCCCUCUCAUUGGUACUCAGUGGACCAAUCACAGGGCCAGCUAAGGCUCAUCUGAUUGGACACGCCCACUGAAAGCCGCCAUCACAGACUCAGCGGUUAGACAAACGGUUGAGUUUUGUUAGCUUUAAUGCUAACACCUGUGUGAAGGAAUUAACCAAACACAUGUUUACCAACGUUAGCAUGGCUGCUAACGUUAGCCGUCUUGGCUCCACGCUACCUUAAGACUCUUGGCAACUGUAACAACACUAACCAGGGAAGUUGACAAAGGGUAGGAGGUGUUCAACGGACCAAUCAGAGAGCUAGCAGAGCGUCACCUGAUUGGACACGCCCACUGAAGACAGGAAGUGAGACUCAACGCUGACUCACUUCAGGCCCUGAACUCUGGUCACAUGUUGAACACGCCCUCCCUGCAGCAGGUACUGUUAGGCUCCUCCCCCUUCCCCAUCCCACCGUCCAAUCAGACGCAGCCGUCCAUAACUCUCCACAAACUGUUUCCUGGGGUCGAGCGGGAGUCACAUGACUCCAUCACAUGACUCCAUCACAUGACCAUCAGAAAACAUGAAGGAGGAGGAGGAGAGAAAAAACAAAAACAACAAAAAGACCCGUCGGCCAAUCAGAACUGAGCAUUUGUUAAUAGUGUGUAUAAACAGACUGUUCACACACACACACACACACACACACAUAUACACACACACAUAUAUAUAUAUAUAUAUAUCUACACACAGACACACACAGACACACACAGACACACACUGCUAUGAUGACGAUGAUGAAGAUUAAUGUGAUAAUUAAGACGAAUAGAAUCUGUUUUUCACCUCAGUAGAGAGAAACUAAAAAAGAAAA